CCAUGCUUCUUGUUUUGGACUUGAGUAACAAUAAUUUUGAGGGCAUUAUACCUUCAGAGAUUGGGUGGUUGACAGAGCUUGGGUACCUUGGUUUCUGCAACAACAAUCUCAGUGGUAGCAUUCCAUAUCAAGUUAGCAAUCUUCAGAAGGUAUGGCACUUGGAACUUGGAUUUAACCAUUUAGAAACUCCAGAUUGGUCAAAAUUCUCAGGUAUGCCUAUGUUGACUCAUCUUAACUUUAGUUCCAAUGAACUUACCUCUGAAUUUCCAAAUUUCAUAAUCCAUUGCCCCAACCUCACUUUGCUUGAUUUGUCAUACAAUCAUUUCACUGGCCAAAUACCUGAGUUGUUAUUCACCAAUCUUGCCAAACUUAAGUAUCUUAUACUCUCUAGUAAUUCAUUUGAAGAGUUAUUGUCAUCAAAUAUUUCAAAGCUUUUGAAGCUCAAAGAUCUUGAUCUGGGUGACAACCAGUUUGUGGUUCAAUUCCUGAGGAGAUUGGAUUAGUUUCAGAUCUUCGAUUCAUUUGGUUGUAUAACAAUUCUUUCCAAGGAAAGGUUCCUUCUUCCUUAGGCCAACUCAGAAAGCUUCAAAUACUUAAUUUAGAAAUGAAUGACUUGAAUUCUACAGUUCCUUCUCAGCUUGGCUUAUGCACUGAGCUCACAUACUUGAGUCUUUCUACGAAUUUACUUACCGGACCCUUACCUUUGUCCCUGUCCAAUCUGUCCAAGAUAUCUACAUUGCUCGUAGCCAAUAAUUUUCUUUCCGGCGAGAUCUCACCUUAUCUUGUCACCAAUUGGACUGACUUGAAAUUUUUAGAACUUCAAAACAAUUCAUUCACCGGUAAAAUUCCACCUGAAAUUGGCCUAUUGACAAACCUCACAUUGUUGGAUCUGUCUUUGAAUUCACUUAUCGGACCCUUACCUUUGUCCCUGUCCGAUUUGUCCAAGAUAUCUGGAUUGUAUAUAUCCGAUAAUUUUCUUUCUGGUGAGAUCUCACCUUAUCUUGUCACCAAUUGGAUUAACGUGGAAAUUUUACUACUUCAAAACAAUUCCUUCACUGGUAAAAUUCCACCUGAAAUUGGCCUAUUGACAAAGCUCAGAUACAUUUACUUACACAAUAAUCAACUCUCUGGCUUGAUCCCACCUGAGAUUGGAGUCCUGAAAGAAUUGGAGGCUUUGGACCUUUCGGCAAACCAACUCUUAGGUGCAAUUCCUCCAACAAUUGGGAAUCUCCCAAACCUCAGUUACUUGAACCUCUGCGACAACUAUCUUAAUGGAACAAUUCCACCCGAAAUUGGGAAUUUGAAACUAAUGGUUGUUUUUGAUCUGAGCAAAAACCAAUUAAAUGGUGAAAUCCCAGCUCAGGUAGGUCGCUUGACUCAAUUGUCCUAUCUAAGCCUCGAAUCAAAUGAAUUCACGGGUAAAAUACCACCUACCAUUUGCAACUUGAGUUCCCUUGUGAUUCUUAAUCUAUCUAAUAACAGCUUCAUCAAUGUUAUUCCACAAUGUCUGGGAAACUUUAGCCAUGAACUCUCUGUGCUAGAUCUGCGGAUGAAUCGCUUUCGUGGGAGUGUUCCUGCAAAUUUCACAAAGUGCAAUAAUUUGAGAAAUCUCGGCUUGAGUGGAAAUCACUUAGAAGGGGCUAUGCCACGGAGUUUGGUCAAUUGUAGACAUUUGGAAGUUGUUGAUCUCGCCAACAACAACAUAAGUGACACAUUCCCCCAUUGGAUCGAUAAUCUUCCAAAGCUGCAGGUUCUCGUCCUGCGAUCUAACAGAUUUGGAGGCACAAUUGAUACUUCCAUGAGUAAACUACCCUUUCCUAUGUUGCGAAUAAUCGACCUCUCUCAUAAUGAGUUCACCGGUCCCUUGCCUGCAAAAUAUUUCAAGAAUUUCAAAGGUAUGAUGAAUGUUGAUGAACAUAAAGUGGGUCCUGAAUACAUGGGGGAGAAGGUCAAUGAAAGUUAUUAUGAAGAUUCAGUGGAGGUGGUGGUGAAAGGGCUAGAGCGUGAACUUUCGAGAAUCCUAACCAUCUUCACAAGUAUUGAUUUAUCGAGCAACAAUUUUCAAGGGGAGAUUCCUGACUUCAUUGGAAUUCUUCAUUCACUACGGUUGCUCAACUUAUCUCACAACAGUCUUGCAGGACAUAUUCCAUCAUCUCUAAAAAAUUUGACUCUGCUUGAAUCAUUGGACCUCUCUUCAAACCAGUUAGUGGGGAAAAUUCCUUGGCAACUGACAAGGCUGACAUUUCUUUCAAUCCUGAACCUUUCUCAAAAUCAUCUUGUUGGACCAAUACCUCAUGGUCAACAAUUUGAUACAUUUGAAAACAAUUCAUACUCUGGAAACCGGGCAUUAUGCAGUUUGCCAUUGACAAAGAAAUGUGGAGACGACGAACCACCAACAUUGCCACAUCAAGAAGUUGAUUCAGAUUUUGCCAGUGGAUUUACUUGGAAAGUUGUGGUGCUGGGAUAUGGAUGUGGGUUUUUAUUUGGAUUGUUUAUGGGUUAUCUUGCCUUCUUAACUGAAAAACCAACAUGGUUUGUAAAGAUGAUUGAAGGAAAACAAUACAAAACUGGGAAAGGAAGGAAGAAGAGCGGUCAAGGACGUGCUAGGAAAAGAAAUCAGCGAACACAACAAAUCAACCAGCACUGGUAAUGUAUCUUUGUCGAUCGAAUUCGUCACUACUUAGUUGUUCUAUAUAUGCUGCUUUCUAAAUUAUCCAUUUUAGUUUUUGUAUUUAAAUAAAGUUGUAUGCCUGGAUGUUACUAAAAUGUUCAAGAGACAUGUUGAAGAAAUGUUGCUCUGCUAUUACUGUGUAAUAUUUUGAAAUCUCCUUUUGUUUUUCUAUGUCAUGAAGUAAUUGAAAUCUCUUUUGC